AUGAGGCUUCAGGCUAUACUUAUCCCCCUCAAAUGGAGAGGACGAAUUGGACAAGCUGUCAUGGCAGUCCUACCCCCUGUGAAUUUCUUGACGCUACACUAUGUGUAUUUUAUUGCUACAAACAUCAUAGCCAGUGUCAUAUUCUAUUUGACCGCGACACCAUGGCGGAGCGUGGCAUAUACUGAUUCACUAUUCAUGUGUGUCAGUGCUAUGACUGGAGCUGGCUUGAACACAGUGGAUCUAUCAAUUCUCAACAGUUUUCAACAAGCAGUCUUGUUCGUACUGCUCAUGCUAGGUCAUGCAAUCUUGAUCUCAUUGACCGUCCUACUCAUCCGCAGAAACGGAUUCCAGGCAAAAUUCAAGGGUGUUUCAGAGGAACGUGAAAGGGAACGGACUUCACGUCAGCAGUCUGUCUUUGAGUUGCAACCCGGGGAUGGAGAAAUCAACCAGGGAAGUGGAAGUGCAGAUAGCGAACUUCCUAAUGCUGCGGGCCAAGGGCUCCAGCAACGCACCAAGACAUCCGUGACAGCCACCACCACUACACCAGGUGAAUCAUCAUACCAUGACGACCCUUGGAUAGAUGAAGACCAAGUCACUAUCGGAGGAAGACCCCACAGACAUCAUCAUCGAGUCUUCCCAAUGGCAGGCAUCGGCGCCAGACCAGACCUGCACAACCAUCCCCGCGAUGCAGUGCCAAAUCAACUCUCAUCCGCCGAGGAUUCAGUGUCAGGCUUCAAAAGUAUCAUCCGUGGGACGCAGAAAUUCAUGGCCUCGAAGGGUGUUGUAUCCCGGAACUCCCAGUUCCACGACCUCACUGCAGCUGAGCGCGAUGAACUAGGCGGAGUGGAGUACAAAGCAGUAUCGUUUUUGUCGGUCAUUGUAUUUCUCUACUUCAUCUUGUUUAUUCUGUUUGGAAUGAUUGGUAUGGGUGUCUGGCUAGAAGUGAAUCACCCCGAUGUGACGCGCUCGAAUGGUCUUUCGCCAUUUUGGACCGGCUCGUUCUUUGCUGUAUCUGCUUUUGUUAACAGUGGCAUGUCUUUGCUGGAUGCAAAUAUGACAGCUUUGCAGUUGAAUGCCUACCCGUUGCUGACAAUGGGCAUGUUGAUUCUCGCUGGAAACACGCUUUACCCCUGCUUUUUGCGCUUCAUAAUUUGGACUAUGAGGAUGAUGCUGCCAGAUCGGCCUCGAUGGCAGUCAUGGCGAAUCACUCUUGAUUUCAUCUUGAAGCAUCCUCGGAGGGUUUACACAAAUCUUUUCCCUGCUCGACACACUUGGUAUCUACUUGGUACAAUUAUCAUCUUGAACGGCAUUGACUGGGCCGCAUUUGAGCUGCUAUCCAUUGGAAACAAAGAUAUCGAGAUUCUUCCAACAGAAUAUCGCAUAUUGGACGGACUGUUCCAGGCUCUGGCUGUCCGCGCCGGUGGAUUCUACGUCGUGACCAUUGCCAAUCUCCGUCAAGGCCUCCUGGUUCUUUAUGUCCUCAUGAUGUACGUGUCAGCGUACCCAGUAACCCUGACAAUGCGAAACACAAAUGUCUACGAGGAACGCUCCCUGGGAAUAUACGCCCACGACGAUACCCCUGAAACACCCGCCAACACAAGCCGCAGCAACAUAGUAAUGGACCUCAUCAGACAUCGACUCGGACGCCCUGGCCUAUCCGAGACAUCGCGUGGAUACUUCGUGCACCAGCAAAUCCGAUCCCAGCUCAGCCAUGACCUCUGGUGGAUAGCAUUGGCUGUAUUCUUCAUCGCAAUUGCCGAGUCGGAUCAUUAUACCGACAACCCUGUGGCAUUCUCGACGUUCAAUAUCAUUUUCGAGGUUGUUUCUGCUUAUGGUUGUGUCGGUGUUAGUCUUGGGUUCCCUGGCAAGAACUAUUCCUUCUGCGGGGCGUGGCAUCCGAUUAGCAAGUUGAUUCUUGCUGCUGUUGCUUUGAGAGGACGACAUCGCGGUUUGCCUGUUGCUAUUGAUAAGGCCAUUAUGUUGCCCAGUGAGUCUUUGGCUUGGGCUGAAGAAGAAGACGCUGUUUUGAGGAGGGAGAGAGCUACUGGUGGCCCUAUUGGGUCUGUUUAG